GGGAAAGUAUAUAUAAGUCGACUAAGAAUCUGAACUUUCAUCAGUAAAAACUAGAUCUUUGCAUAAAGAGCAUGAAGUCGUCAAUUAUUAUAUUUGUGUUAUCUUCACUUUGGAUCGUGGAAGGGUCGAACAUCACAGAGGCCAAAAACAAAACAAAAAGAAACUUAUCAGGCGAUAUCCAAAAUUACGGCGAAUCCAAUAUAGUAUGGCUGAACCCCGAUAAACACUCAUUGGUACUUCGAAACGCAAACGUUUACUUUCCCAACGUGAGGCCAGCAUCAAUAAUUGAGGAACCCAGUUCAUUGGUGAAGGUGUCUACUGAACAAGUUUUGAAUGAAUUUGAUCAGUCACCAACAAACGCAGGUCCCAGUGUUCAGUUGAAGCAACUCUUUCAACCUGGGCACAACUUCAACCAAGAGUUGUCAGGGCAAGCGUACAAACCCUUCCUCCACAACAAUGCCCCCAACGUUGUGAGCACCAGUAGUUUCAAUCAAGACAUAGCAGGACAAGGGUACAAGCCAUUUCUACAUAGCAGCUCACCUAGCGUCUUGAGCCAGAAUAACUUCAAUCAAGUGUUAGGAGGACCUGCACACAAACCUUUUUUACAGAAUAGCGCCUCUAAUGUCGUGGCCUCGAAUAACUUUAACCAAGAGUUGGCCGCACCAGCAUAUAAGCCUCUCUUACAAAACACCGCUGCCACUGUCAUGAGCCAGAAUAACUACAACCCAGGUGUAACUGUACCAGCAUAUAAACCUAUUCUUCAAAACAACGCCCCUAGUGUUGUAGGAUCAGAAACAAUAGUCACUCCUGUGCAACACGGUCAUCUCGUGCAAAACAACCUCCAGCCCUUUAACAGCUUUAAACUACAUCCUCUGUACAACGUUCAACCCCAGUAUGCUGGACCAAAGAAAUACAUUUACGUGAACGGCAGAUUCAUUUACGAUCCAAAUACUCCGCAUUUUCAAAAUCCACAAACUUUUUACCACUCCAGUCAACAAUUUCCUCAAAGGCAACCAAUAGUAAAUUACAAUCACCCUGGAGUACCUAGACAGAACUUAGUACCUCCAUCAGCUCAUCCUUUAUUAACUCAAAGUAGAUUCCAACCCCCUCCAAAAAGUCAACAACAGCCCAUCAAUAUCCCUUCUACUGCCCCGCCAAAUACUGGAAGACAGCAAAAGAAACCAGAACAUAGGGAAGAAGAAAAACCAGUUGAAGAAAAUAAAGAGGAAGAAGAUAAGGAGGAAAAUAAUGAAGAGAAUGAAGAGUACUAUCAACAUGAGGAUGACUCUGAUAACUAUGAGGGUCCGGAACGUGAAAGAUACUCAUUUGACGAUGACGAUGAGGACCACCAUCUUUCUUUGAGAGAUCAUGAUGAUAUAGAGGAUGAUGACGAAGACGAUAGCAAUAGAGGAUCGACAAGGCAUGUCACAAAAGUAAAUAAGUACCCUAAAAAGUUUUAUAAAUCCGGCAAAAAAGAUGAGAUCAUCUAUGGUAGUAGAUACGAGUACCCAGAUAAAAAGCACCCUAGAGGCUCUGCCAAGAAACAAAGCAUGCGGUAUAAAUCCUACAAAUAUUCCAAAGACUCCGACCAGGAGGGUAUUGAAGGAAAACAGUCUCAGCAUGUUCCUGUGACACAUAAACAGAAGAUUUUCAAAGAAAAGUGGUAUCUUUCUAAAAGUUCAGCAGAUAGAGAAGGCUAUGAUGAUUGAUUGUGAUUCGAUAUGUCAAAAUUAGGAUUUGAGACUGACCUCCGAACGUGUAUAUAAAUGUCGAAAAGAUCUUCCUCGAUACAUAGCGUUGAUCACUUCUUGGCGUUCACGUAUAACUGCAGAAUGACUUGAUGACCCAAUGACAUGUGCAUAUUGUUACACGAGAUGUAAAUAGAUGAAACAUGUGCAAA